AUGGCAUUCUGGGCUCUUCAAGUCUCAUCUCGCACUCUCCAAGAUGCCUCCAUGUAUGAGAGACAUGAGCAAUGGAUGCUUCGUUAUGGAAAAGUGUAUAAGGACCCUCAGGAAAGGGAAAAACGUUUCAGGAUAUUCAAGGACAAUGUGAAUUACAUUGAAGCCUUCAACAAUGCUAACAAUAAACCCUACAAGCUAGGCAUUAAUCAGUUUUCAGAUCUCACCAAUGAGGAGUUCAUAGCAUCAAGAAAUAGAUUCAAGGGCCACGUGUGUUCCUCAAUCACAAGGACUACAACUUUUAAGUAUGAAAAUGUAACUACAGUACCAUCCUCAAUAGAUUGGAGACAAAAAGGAGCAGUGACACCCAUCAAGGACCAAGGCCAAUGUGGUUAG